AUGGCGCAACAAGUUGACCCCGAACGUUGGAGCACUCCCUACCUCGUCACAAAAACACUUCGUCGGGAUCCAUACCCCGCUAUCUCCCCAUACAAUCCAGCCAACUCUCAAAAAGACAAGAUCAUCAUCAUUACAGGAGCAAGCAGUGGUAUUGGAGAAGCCGCGGCAAAAGUCUGGGCUCGAGCUCGCGCAAAAGGCAUAGUCAUUGCCGCUCGCCGUCUCGAUGCCCUGAACGAAGUCGCCGAGGAGCUCAAAUCCAUCAGUCCCACGACGCAAGUGCUCGCCGUCAAAACCGACAUCGUCGUUGAAUCCGACGUCAAGUCCCUCUUCGAUCGAGUCCAGGAGACUUUUGGCAGAGCUGCGGACGUGCUGCUGAACAACGCCGGGUAUCUGAAAGACGGUGCGAUCGCCGAGACGCCCGCUGAUGAGUGGUGGACCGGAAUCGAAAUCAACCUCAAGGGCCCAUACCUCAUGAGCCAGUACUUCAUCCAGUCUCAGCCUAAUCCUAAGGAGUCGACGGCGACUAUCAUCACCGUCUCUUCCGGUCGUGCAGGCUUCACCAGUGCACGCGGCUCGGCCUACAACAUCAGCAAGAUCGCCGAGCAGCGUCUCAACGAGCACAUCCAAGUCGAGCACCCCAAUCUUCGCGUCUUCACCACCAUGCCCGGCGUCACCUUGACAAGCAUGGUCUCGGAGGCCUUCGCUCCAUUCGCCAAGGACCACAUCGAUCUGACCGGCAUGCUGGCUCUGUAUCUCGUGCAGCCCAGAGCCGACUACCUGAAAGGCAGUAUGGUUGGCGUCAACUGGGACGUCGAUGAGCUGGAGCAGCACAAGGAAGAGAUUCUGGAGAAGAAGGUGCUCCAAACGUCCUGGUUGCCAAUUCUACCAUUCUGUGGAGGGAAGGGACUCGGUGCUUAG